AUGCAGAACUCCUACGGAUGCUCUUGUAGUGUUAUAAAAAAGUGGCAGUGGGAUAUUACUCAAAUGACUGGCUGCAAUGGCAAGAAUCUUGAUAAAUAUGCUGUACUUGUACUAAAUCGCCCAAUAUCACAAAGAACAAAUUUUAUUAAGAACUUUUGGAACAAUGCUGUAGUGAAAGUAACCGUUGAUGGUGGUACUACAAGAUGGGAUACAUUUGUAAGCAAACUACCGGAAGAUGAUAAAAAUAAUAUCUUAUUACCCAACCUUAUUACUGGGGAUUUUGAUUCAAUAACAGAAGAAAUAUUACAGAAAUAUAAAAAGAAAGGUUGUAAGAUCAUACACACGCCAGAUCAAAACCACACAGAUUUUACAAAGGCUUUGAUAGAGUUAAAUAAUUAUUGCUCAGAACAUAAAGUGAAUAUAGACCAUGCAGUGGCCAUAGCUCAAACUUCAGGAAGAAUUGAUCAAAUCUUGGGAAAUGUGCAGACUUUAUACCUUGCAAAACAGAAGCAUUUGCUAAGUUCUACCACAAAUGUCUAUGUUUUAUCUGAUGAUGCAAUGUCAUGGCUCCUGUUUCCAGGGGAUCAUAUGAUUUUUAUUCCUGAAGUCACAAGGAAACAUGAGAGAUCUUGGUGCUCUUUGGUACCUAUAGGAGAAAUCUGUGAAAGUGUCACAACCACUGGCCUCAAAUGGAACUUGGAUAAUGCACCACUCAAGUUCGGUGAAUUAGUCAGUACCUCUAACACAUUUGAUGGGUCGGAGAAAGUAACUAUUAAAUGUAGUAACACAAUUCUUUGGUCUAUGAAAAUUCCUAGUAUAUGUUGUUAA